CCCCUCGGAAAUAUCGCUUAUUCAACAUAGUCAACACAUGGGAGAUCCUCUUUUUCAGCCCUGAUAGGUUUCAAUCUUCGGAAUUUCCACCUCUUGGAUAAAUCCAUUUCCGAUUCAGUGUCAGUCUGCAGCGCAUUAUUAUGGACCUGAUGUUGUAUCUGCGGGUGCAACCCUCGAUGACACCAUGUUGAAAGCCCACAUAUAUAAUAUACAGUUGUUGGCCUCGUCAGUCACAUCAUUACAUCACUCUACUUCACUUCAUUUUACUCCUCGCCCUCGACUUGAUACCCUUUGUGAAUAACUGUGCUUCGUUGUAACAAAAAGUCCACCACAAACACCACAAUGUCUCUCCCCAAGACGUACAAGGCCAUGGUCACCCUCGAGGCCAACAAGCCCUUUACCCUCCAAGAGCUCCCCCUGAAGCUUCCCGAGCCCGGCCAAAUCCUCGUCAAAGUCCUCGCCUGCGGUGUCUGCCUUUCAGAUGUCUUCAUCAUCAACGGCCACAUGGGCACCGCCUUCCCCCGUGUCACCGGCCACGAAAUCGUCGGCGAUGUCGUCGCCGUCGGUGACAACGUAACCCGUGUCUCUGUGGGCGAGCGCGUAGGCGGUCCUUGGCACGGUGGCCAUGACGGAACUUGUCGCUCCUGCGAGCGCUCACAGUACCAGUUUUGCAAGAAUCAGAAGAUCAACGGAGUCAGUUUCGACGGCGGCUAUGCUGAAUACGUUCUUCUACGAGCUGAGGCUGCGGUUCGCGUGCCCAAGGAAAUGGACGCCGCGGAGGUUGCCCCGUUCUUGUGUGCCGGAGUUACUGUUUUCAAUGGAAUGCGCAAGCUACGUGUUGAGCAAGGAGGACUGGUUGCUGUGAAUGGACUUGGAGGACUGGGCCACUUGGCAGUGCAAUACGCCAACAAGAUGGGAUAUGAGGUCGUCGCUAUCUCAUCCGGAGACGACAAAGCCGCCCUGGCGAAAGAGCUCGGUGCCCAUCAUUACAUCAACGCCAAGAAGAGCGACGCUGUCGCCGAGAUUCUCAAGCUGGGCGGCGCCGACAUGAUUGUCCAGACGGCUCCCAACCCCGAUACCAUCAGCAAACUCGUCAAGUCUCUGGGCCCAGGCGGCAAACUUCUCAACCUCUGUGUUGUUGGAGAAGUUCCCGUCGACACGACUACGCUGGUUUCCAAGGGCGCGAGUGUUCACGGCUGGCCAAGUGGACAUGCAUCCGACAGCGAGGAUGCGAUUCGAUUCGCCCUUACACACGGCAUUCGCUGCAUGAUCCAGAGAUAUCCGCUCGAGGAGGCGCAGCAGGCGGUUGACGAUUUGAUUGCCGGAAAGCCUCGGUUCAGGAAUGUGUUGGUGAUGAACCACUAAGCUGGAUGGGCGGAUUGAUGGGGCGGUUGGAAGCGUUGUAUUAUUUGUUAUGAAGCCAUGAGAGAGAAUCGUGGAUUAGCUAUAUACAUACAUGUUAGCUAGAGCCUAUUGGAUGAACCACUAGACUAGAAGCGCCAUAGAAGGCUCUAAAAGGAGAAUAAUGGGCAUUGUGGCGGCGACAAUCUACAAGGUUCCGGCGCAAGCUAAAUGAAGAUGAAACAUGCAUUUAAUAGCAAACUCAAUGUAUAUUUCUCAUAAACAUUCAC